AUGCUUUCACUUGUCCUCAAGGCUGAGCUGGAGGGUGUCACCGACCUCCAGCCCUCUGACACUGAAGAGAACCCCUACUUCUACACUUUCAAGGUGCAAUGCAGCUCUUGCCGCGAGACGCACCCCAACUGGGUCAGCUUCAACCGCUUUGAGCAACAUGAGAUCCCGGGUAGCCGCGGCGAGGCCAACUUCGUCUGGAAGUGCCGGCUGUGCACGAAAACCCACACUGCUUCCAUUGUCUCGGGCCCCAACGUCUACGAGGCAGAUGAGAAAAAGGCCGGCAAGAAGAUCAUCGAGAUUGACUGCCGCGGACUUGAGUUUGUCGACUUCCAGGCUGAUGGCGAGUGGGAGGCCAAGGGUGCUGAGACUUCCACACGUUUCAAGGAAAUUGACCUCAUGGAGGGUGAGUGGUAUGACUACGAUGAGAAGGCCGGUGAGGUUAGCAUCAAGGAGAUCACCUGGACUGUUGGCCGUUGA